AUGGGUAAUGAUGGUGGCAGUAUUCCCACUCGCCGCGAGCUCGUUCGCGAAGCCGCCCGCGCUCCGAGCACAGCGCAACUGAAAGAAACCCAGCGCGAACUCUUAGAACAUUUCUGGACAACCUGCCCGUUAUCGCACAAAGCGCUCUUACGACCCGUCGUCUCUGACUGUGCGGGGAACCUCUACAACAAGGAUGCGAUUCUACAGUUUCUUCUUCCUGGCGACCAAGUCGAUGGGAUUAGCUCCAAGGCCGAUUGCGAGGAGAUCCUGGCCGGUCGAGUCAAGGGACUACGGGAUGUUGUGGAAUUAAAGUUUGAGAUUGAUACCGAGCGCGAGGGGCACCCGAGUGCUAAAUCCGAGAAGCGCGAAGGAUGGAUUUGUCCGGUUACUGCGAAGCAGUUGGGCCCCAGUGUCAAGUCGGUGUAUCUUGUUCCUUGUGGGCAUGUGUUUUCAGAGGAGGCUAUUCGGCAGUUGAAGGAGGAUAAAUGUUUACAGUGUAACGAACCCUGUACGGAAGACAACGUCAUUCCGAUACUCCCUACAAAAGACGACGAUAAGCAGAAGCUCAUCGCUAGAUCUACACGACUCGCCGAGCAAGGUCUCACCCAUUCAUUAAAGAAGGCGCCCGGCUCUAAAAAGCGGAAGAAGAACGGCACAAAUGAGGCGGCCGCCACUUCUGAGACCAAAAUUCCCAACGGGGACUCUUCAAAGCACACGUCGUCCAAAGUCUUACCAUCAGCAACCGCUAGUCGAAGCAAUACGUCUACGCCGACGCCUUCUGCACCGAGUGGUAUCAAAAACGCCGCAACAGCCUUGCUGACUGCACGUGUCUUGGAAGAAGAAAAUGAAAAGAAGAAGCGGCGCAAACUGGUCGGUGCGAAUGACAAUAUAAGCAGCCUUUUCACGAAAGAACCCAAAGACGGAAAGUUCAAAAAUACCGAUUUUAUGACUAGGGGCUUUACUAUGCCUGCUACAUCUCGAAAAUGA